AUGACGAAGACAAGGCUAUUACGGGCGCCAGCCUCGCUACUAUGCCGUGGACAGUCGGCCAAGUCUGCUGCAAGGCCGUUGACCUGGGCGACGGCUUACAGGACAGCGCACACAGCUGCGCGCAGUGGACUUCCUACAAGCACUUCAGGGCUGAGGCCACGAUCCACGGCGGUACAGUCUGCAUGGCGCCUCUCCAACGUUAAUCAGGUCAACGGACGACGACACAUCUUCAUCCAGUCGGAGAGCACGCCCAAUGCGGAUGCCAUCAAGUUCUUGCCGAACCACCGAGUCAUCCCGCCGGAAGUGUCGUCUACAUUCAUCGAAUACCUCAACCCGCGCUCUACAAUCGCGCCGCCGUACCCGUCCCCGCUGGCCGCGCAGCUCAUGAACAUCGAUGGCGUUACCUCGGUCUUCUACGGGCCCGAUUUCAUCACCGUGAGCAAGGCCGCAGAUGCAAACUGGGCGCACAUCCGGCCCGAGAUCUUCUCGCUCAUUACCGAGGCGAUUACCUCGGGCCAGAACAUCGUGAACGUUGCGGAGAGGAAGGACGGCGAGGCUGGACAAGACGCUGCCGAAGAAGAUAGCCUGAGCUACAACGAAAACGACAGCGAGGUUGUGGGCAUGAUCAAGGAACUUCUCGAGACUCGGAUCAGGCCUGCAAUCCAGGAGGACGGUGGCGAUAUCGAGUAUCGCGGAUUUGAGAACGGGAUGGUCAUGCUCAAGUUGCGCGGUGCUUGCCGCACAUGCGACUCGAGCACCGUCACCCUCAAGAACGGUAUAGAGGGCAUGCUUAUGCACUAUAUCGAAGAAGUUCAGGGUGUCACGCAAAUACUAGACCAGGAGGAAGAAAUCGCAAUGAACGAAUUUGCCAAGUUCGAGGAAAAGCUGAAAGCUCAGAAGGGCGAGGUACCAGCCUCAGGGACGCUUGAUAGUGUGCCCGGCUAA